AUGGCGCAUCUAGAGCGAUAUAAGUCCACACUGAAUGAGUCUUUAGACAAAUCACAAAACUUGCUGAGCACUCUGGUGGAUUUAAAGAAAAAAGGAGCACUGGAUGACGCGGAUACAGACCUACUGAACUCCCUUCACCGAGAGGCCGUUUUGGACAAUGUCCAGCUGAUCAACGCCAAAAACGAGGUGAAGAGCAUGUACAACAAACUGGCCGACGAGAACCUGAAAAAACUGCAUUCUGGGCACUACCAGUUCAAUAACAUGAAGAUCCAGCGGUAUAAAGGCCAGAAGCUCAGGAACGAGAGUCUGGCAGCAGAGUUCAGCAAGCUCAUCUCACAGAUCCCAGAGCUGGAACUUGAUCAGGUUUUGGACAAUGAGAACACAGAGGACCAGGAGUUUUUGAAUGGACUACGCAAAAGCGGUCUUGACAUCAGGCUGCAGUUUGCAAAGUCGGAUUUCAGCGACCAGAUAGACGAGACUAUUGUGAGCCGUGUAGAGGAGAUUUUAAAGAACGAGGAGGUCAAAAAGUUCCGUCUGGUGCAACUGAAUGACAAGCACUACGAGCGCGAGCGGACAGUUCUGCAGAGCAUGAGUUUGAAGUGGCAGAACCGGUUAGCGGAGCUGACGAAGUUUGUGAGGGACGAUUCGGCGAGACUUUUAAAAACAAUUGAGGACGUGAAGGAGGAGUUGCGCGAGGAGCACGAGGAGGAACUCGAAGAAGAGGAAGUUGAGGAGGAGGAAGAGGAAGAAGAGGAAGAGCGAGCAGAGCGUGAAGCAGAAGAAAAAGACGACCAGGCAGAAGACGCAGAAGAUGCUGAAGAUGCAGAGGAUGGAGAGGACGAUGCGAUGGAAGUGGAGACAGAAAACCAGGUGGCCAGUGACGAAAGAACACCAGUUCCAGAUGCUAACUCCGACCUGGAGCUGGACGAGUAA